GGAUAAGUCACGCGAUGCGUCACCUCUAGUCAGAAACGUAGCCUGGGCGGGUGAGCGCGGUGACGUCUAGGCGGCGAAGCGAGAGAAGGAUAGGCGACGCUGUGAUGACGAAAGGGAGGCGGCGACCAGGCUGGGCCGGUUUCGGUCCCUCCCACCACAUGGGGUAAGACAGAAGGGAAGGUUCCCCGUCAGUCCCUGGGACCGGCGCCGCCUCAGGAUGGGGCUGCUCUUUGCCAAGCUGUGGAGUCUGUUCAUCAAUCAGGAGCACAAAGUGAUCAUUGUGGGACUUGAUAAUGCCGGGAAGACCACCAUUCUGUACCAGUUCUUAAUGAAUGAGGUGGUUCAUACUUCUCCAACUAUAGGAAGUAAUGUUGAAGAAAUAGUAGUAAAAAACGCACACUUUCUCAUGUGGGAUAUUGGAGGACAAGAGUCCUUGCGAUCAUCCUGGAAUACCUAUUAUUCAAAUACAGAGUUUAUUAUUCUAGUUGUUGACAGCAUUGAUCGAGAGAGGUUGUCAGUCACAAAAGAAGAACUCUACAGGAUGUUGGCACAUGAGGAUUUGCGGAAAGCUGCCGUUCUUAUCUUUGCCAACAAACAGGAUAUGAAAGGCUGUAUGUCGGCUGCUGAAAUUUCUAAAUACCUCACUCUUAGUUCCCUAAAAGAUCACCCGUGGCACAUUCAGUCCUGUUGUGCUUUAACAGGAGAAGGAUUGUGUCAAGGUCUAGAAUGGAUGACAUCCCGAAUUGGAGUAAAAUAACUUCUUCCAGUUACCAAAUGACGCUCACUAUGUGGACAGAAAGCUCCUUCAUGGCAGACAGCUGCUGAUGUAGCUACAUGUUUAACUUAAAACUUAUGAAACCUCCAACAAGCGGCACUUGAAUCAAGUGCAAUUAAACUGAAACUCAGAAGUAUUUUUAACACUUUUGAAAAAUGCACUAAUUUUGGAUGGAUGAACAGUUGGAAUGUCCAGUUCUCCUGGCCACAUAAACUGAACAACUGUCUUUUAACAGCAGUGGCCAUUGACAAAAGUCUUGCCAUUUUCCUGGGCUGGUUUUCUUCCUUUUGUUCAGGUGCUACAAUGAAGCUUUAAGAAUUCCAGUGGUGAGGGUGUUAAGCUAAACCCAUUUCCAAGUGAGAAAGCUCAUAUGCUUGUACACACUACAGAAGUUCUGUAUAACUUUGAAACAAUUAUUUAUUUACAGUCUUUGCCUGUUAUAUACCUGUCAUUGUCACUUUUGCCUUGGAGAACAUAUGCCUUUAAAAAACUUUGUUCAACUGCUGAAUGUUUUAUACCCUGGGUUUACCUAAAAAGUCAGUUUUGUACAAAAACAGUGAAUAUGCUGCAUGUUGGUUGGAAGGACUGCGCUGUGUUCUAAUUGCACAUUUUAUAGGGACAUAUAAAUAUAUCGCAAGGACACUGGGGUAUGCAUAUAGAUCUCCAAAAACAUUGUGUGAUAAUAUGGUCAUAAAAGCUAAACUCUUCCCAGUACUGUUUUUCAAGUUUAUCUAGUUCUACAGCCUGAUUCUAAGUAAUUCCUGCAUAGAAAUCUGUGUAAGUUUUAAUUACUGAAAAUAACUCUACUUCUCAGUAAAGUUGGUCUGAUGCCUCAGAAAUCUGUUACCAUUUCCCCCAGAAAGAUUACUCAUUCUACAGAUUAUAGGCACAAUGGCUCACUUUUUGUAUGUUUUUCAAAAAUAACUGCAAACUUUCAACAGCAGUAUUCUAAAGGGUUUUAAAAUACCAAGUUAUUUUCAUGUUGUACCACUGGUUGACUUUCUGUCUGGAAGUAAUUCUGGUCUGUUACAUGAAAGCAAACUAUCUGCUUGAACAUAACUGGAACUCUAUCCAAACUAGGAAGAAGAUAUCCUGAAGGCCCACUUGCCUGCUGAAAGUAAGAGAAUAAAACUAAAAUGCCAUGCUUGUAUUUUUCCCGUCGGCAAGGCCUUAUAGGAUACCCGUCAGAAGCAGUUAGCAUCCAGGAAGUGGCAUGGGGAAGGUUUCAGCUUCCUUCCUUAUCAGCGUAGCUCUGAUUAAAGGCAGGUAAAGCCUGUAGCAGCUGUCAAGGCAGCUUAAGAUGCCCCUUGGUUAAGGAGGGAGUCUGGAGGAUCCAGUGACAAAUCUACUAAGUCACAUCUGACUUGGCCCUUGCUCCUAUACGAAUGCUGUGAAGGAAAGUGCUUGUAGUGAGCUUUUCCUUCUAUGCCGAACCACGAGAAUGAAGUUACAGGCCACAUAUUGGCAAUGCUGUGAUGAAUUGUAACAUAACUUUUAUGAGAAUAAGGCAAAGAUAAAUUUGGGUGGAUCUUGCUGUCCCUCCUUUUUCUUCAGGAAAAGUGAUAUUUAAGGGAGUAGAAGAUUAUUUCCAGAACAGAAGCUGAAACGGAUGGGGCUAUCACUUGAAAAGGAGCUCAGCCAGCUAAGGGGGAGGAUCCUCAGUACUGUGUAUGCCCUUAAAGUGGCAGUUGCCCAUUGGUUGUAGCAGGUCGGAGAAAUAUUUCAACAAGGGGAAGAGGGUCACAUUUGGACUACUUGAAUUGUCCUGUGGUACAUAAGGUCGAGAGCCAACAUGUAGUGAUUAAGAGUGAUGAACUCUGGAGAAUCGGGCUUGAUUCCCUUCUCCUCCAAGUGAAGCCUACUCAGUGACCAUGGCCCAGUCACAGUUUUGCCAGUAUUCAUUCAGCAAGUUAUGGUCAACCAUUUCUAAACACACAUGGCCUUGAGAACCGUAUGGGGUUGUCAUAAAUUGGCUGCGACUUGACGACGCUUUCCACCCCCACGUAAGAUCAUCUUCAUCACAUCCUGGGCUUUUGGGAAACUGAUAUAGUGGGAUGGUGAAUCCCCGUGCCUAGAGGUAUCGGCUCAUUUGACGUCUUAGAAUGAUGGUGUCUGAAGCCCACCUGCUAUAGGAGUUAGAUGUAAGCUGUGCUUCAAAGUUCCAUGCACUUUGUUUAAGCAUGUUUUGCAGUAUCUAAUGAAGUACCAUCAGCUUAUUUUUUAAUGAUGGCCCUUCAGCAGAUUUUGUCAUUUUUAACAUCGUGGACAUUUGUGAUAAAGUGAAAGGGAGGUUUUCUCUGUAGAACUGGUAUGUUGUUUGCCCAAAAAUGCUGUCUUUGCAGAAGGCCUUUCUCCUUGCCCUGCCUUCUCAGUUUUGGCUGUACUCAGAGACUUCGCAGUGCUGUGAAUUACCACUUGCUGUUUUAUUAAGGGUGAAGGCAAUUUAGUAUUUAAGCUGUAGUUCUUGCUAUACCAUGAGAUUUCAAAAAUACAGAUCCCUUUUGGCCAAUGUCAUAUGUCAUUGAAUUAUGGUUUAGUAGACUGCACACUUAUACCAAAUCAGCAGCAUUGUAUUGCAUUAUAAAUGUUUGUCGAGGGGAAGUACUAUGCUGUGCAAACCAGUGGUUAUCUUGCACAAAAUUGCAAAAACUGUCUAUGGUGAAUAUGGUGCUUGUUAGGGGGAGGAUGGGGUCAAAUGCCAAAACAGCUUCUCUGAGAGAAGGUCUGUGCAGCCUCUCUCUUGCUUGUAUGUAAACUGGUUUUUAACUUGUGAUCAUGGUGUCACGUCCUUCCAACUUCCUUACAUUGUACAAUUUUUACUGUGCAAGACUGCUUCAAUUCCAUCUCUUCCUUUGGAAGAACUUGAGAUUAAACAAAGUCUACAGCCAGAAUGUUCUUUGUGUUGUGGAAAGAGUCUGUUUAAUUGCCAAACUUUCUCCUUACCAGACAAGUUUCCAUCAAAAUUACAUUGUUACUAUCAUUUUUUUCAGUGAUCACUUUGGCAAAGCUGCAUUUUGAAGUAUAUUGGAAUUGGCGAGACAAUAUAUCUGUAAUUGAC